CUCCUAUGGCCAAGUUUACAGGUUAGUGUAAGUAAAUUUGCAGUCGAAAAAAUCAAGUGAAGUUCUCGACGUUCCUCGCCCUUCGGUGUUUUAGUUAUUUUUAUUAUUUAUAAUUAUUUGUAUUUUUUCUUAAACUUAUUACGUGCGCGUGUGUGUUUGUGUGUGUGUUUUGUAGUUGCAACAAUAAUUAUUUUUUACUUUUAUAACGUGUGCCCGAUUACGCUAUUGUACGCCAUUACUGCUGCCCCGGAUUUGACAUAAUUUAAUUUACCGUAUGAUGAGUUGGAAUUAUUAUAAUGCCGGCCGCAAGCAAUCAAAUAGGUUCUGCUUUGUUUCAGUCUCUUUCUAACAAAGUUACUGAUCGACGAAUUCACCAUUCUUCUGUGGCGGACGACCGUUCUAGUUAUUUAUAUAUAGCAUCAAGUAGAAUUUUAGAUAAAAAUAUAGAAUUUGAAAUGUUAGACCAUAAACCUUCAAUGUUGUCUCAGAUGAAAAACAAUUGUAUUAUGUUACUGCAAAAUGGUUGUAGUAAAAAAGAUAUGAUUAAAAAAAAUGAAAGGAUGAAUGGUGAUACUAACAAAAUAUCUCAUUUACCUAAACCUAAAGUAGUAUUAUAUCCUCCUGAACGUGUACAACUAGGCUGGCAAGAUAAAAAAAUGUCAGUUGGUUCUGGAUUAGAUAAUCCUGGUGUAAUAUGUUACAUCAAUUCUACAUUACAAGCGCUAUUUCAUAUUCCUGCAUUUACAAAUUGGCUAAUGAAUGAUGAACAACAUCAAAAAACAUGUCAACAAAAAACUGGUUUUCAAAAAGAUUGUAUCGUAUGUAUGGUCUGUAAUACAUUUACGCUAUCUCAAAAACACACUGGUUCUAGCUUCAAAGCAUCAAUUAUUACUAAUCGCCUAUCUUUAAUAUGUAAACAUUUGUCAACAUAUCGUCAAGAGGAUGCCCAUGAGUUCCUUCGUUACCUUAUUGAAAGUAUGGAACGGUGCUAUUUGUCCGUUUUAGGACAUGCUGCUAAAUCUCUAGACAAUUAUUCUAAAGAAACUACACCUAUUAACCAAAUUUUUGGUGGUUAUAUCCGCACUGAAGUAACAUGUGGUAAAUGUGGACACAUAUCAACUACAUUUCAACAUUUCCAAGAUCUCAUACUUGAUAUCAGGCAAUCUGAUAAUGUUAAUGACGCUUUAGACAAUUAUUUUGAAAAAGAACCAUUAGAUGAAUCGUAUGUUUGUGAAAGAUGUCGACGACAAGUUGCUGCUGAUAAAAAGUUCUCCAUUGAAAGAGCACCAAAUGUAUUAUGCAUUCAGUUGAAAAGGUACAGUGUUGGUAUGGGAGGAUUUAGUGGAAAUAAAAACAGUAAAGCUAUUCAAAUAAAUGAACGAUUAGAUUUAUCUAGUUAUCAAUUUGAUCAUCAUAAUUUAAAAAUUGAUGCUCGGCCAUUAAGGUACCAUCUGGUAUCGAUGGUAAUUCAUUAUGGUUCAAGUUUAAAUAGUGGACAUUACACAGCUCUUGGUCUAACACCCUCUGGAUCAUAUUACUAUUUUAAUGAUUCAAAUGUUUAUCAAACAAAUUUCAAAAAUUAUUCAACAAGUAAUGAUUCCUAUAUAAUAUUUUAUGAAUUGGAACCAUCAGGAAAUAUGAAUACAAAUGUAGAAAGUAAAACAUCAACUGUAACAUCUACUUCAUCUUGUAAACCGUCUAUAAAUGGCUUUUUUUCAAACAAGAGUAAUGGCGUUACAAAGCCGUUGAAUGGUAUUACAAAACCAUUGAAUGGUUUAAACAAUAUUAAAAAAAAUAUUAUCAAAGACAAAAAAAGUCAAAUAUAUGAUAAAUGGGAUUCAAAUAUUAAAAUGUUAAAACAAGGGCAAACAAAAGAGAAAUCACUAACUGAGAGCACGUGUAACUUGUAUAAUAAAACAAUAGAGCCUUCAACCAAUGAAAUCAAAUCAUCAUUAAAUUAUAAUAGUUUAGUACCUUAUAUAGAUUCGGAUAAAGAUGGCAGUGAUGAUGAGAAUAGUUCAUUAUCUGGGGAAGAUAAUGUUUCUUCCCCCGUGAUAUUUGGAAAAAUCAAACACUCGACAGACCAAAGAGUUCCUGAUAAAAAGCCUUUAGUUAUGAGACCAAAGGAAGAUCUUAAUGAAGUUGAUACAGACACACCACCUAAAAAAUGUUUGGUAUUAAAACCACCUAAUGAUGAUACUCCUAUCGAACGAGAGAAAGAAAUUAUGCCAGCAAAAAAGUGCUUGGUAUUAAAGCCUAAAGAUGAAGAACCAUUAGAAGUUAAACCUGAACCAGAACCUGUGAAAAAAUGUUUAGUUAGAAUUUUAAAAGAUGAUACUGAAACACACACCAUUAAGGUGCCUCAUUCUACUGAAGGAAAAGAUUCAGAAAAAAAAAACCGUAAGCGUGAAAAUGGAAUUUUGGAAUUGGACAGUAAUAAACCAAAAGCUCGUCUUGAUCACAAUUAUAAUGGAACUAAGUCACCAAUUGAUAUCAAAACAAAUGGAAAAUGUUUAAAUGGAAAUGGUUCUCUCGAUGAUAAACCUUGGAGUAAGUUAUCAAAUGGUAAUAACUAUAAACAUUCAAACGGAACAAAAAACUGGCCGAAGUUUACAAACGACUUUCAAACUAAUGGUAUUAGUAAAUCAAACGGUAACAAUUUCAAGGAUAGUAUGAAGUCAAGAACACAUUUAGGUUUUGGUGGAGAUGUCAAAACUUGGAAUGGUGAAAAAAGCUUUGUAGAUCGAGAGGCUGAACAGGAUAAAAUUAAUGGAGUUAAGCGUUCAUUUGAUGAUGAAUACAACGAAGAUUUUGAUAGAGGAGUUGUAAAAAAGAAGAAAUUUGAUAAUAAGAAUCACCAUACAAAAGAAAAUGGUUCAAAUGCCUUACAAAUGUUACAUAAUCAAUUAAAUCAAUUUAAUGGUAAAAAGGGACGAAAUAAAAUCACUUGGAUGAGUCGAACAAAAAAUUAUCGACAAUACAACAGUGAAUAUCGUUAUAAUAGCAAUAGCGGAAAUGGUGGUGGAGGAUAUAAGAAACCCAGGUAUAAUAAUAAUCGUCGUCAUUGGCAUAAACAGCGAUAGACCUUUUGUCUUUAAUUUUGUGUACAAAAAAACAUUUUGUAAAAUGUUGUAAAUUAUAAUCUAGCUUUAAUUUCAAAUGUAAUAAGCUAAAUAUAACAAAAAAUUGAAAAAAAACUAUGAACUUUAUCAGUUUUAAUUAAUAAAUUAAAGUUAAUUAAAAUUCCAUUGCCAACUGCCCUGAUUUCAGCUCUGCUGAAGAAAAUAUUCUAGUCUGUAUUUUUAUUUAUUUUACAAUUAUCAGGUCAAAUUAUUAUCCAUGUUAAUUUUUAUAAUUACACAGUUAAUAAUAUUCAUAGCUGUUGUAAAUAUUUGACUAAUAAUUAAUCAUUGUUGCGAUAUAUCUCAUAAUUAAAUUUCAAUUUUUAGACAAUAUUAAACUAUUGUCAUCAUUUCUAACUAAUUAAAUACAUUUUUUAUAUCACGAAAAAUUGUGCAUUAUUAAAUUCCUUCUAUGAGACCAUUUAUUUUUAUUCUAUGAAUGUACACUAUUAAUCUUUUUAUUUUAGUAGGUGUGUUUUCUAUUUACAAAAUACCGUUUUUAUUUUAUUUUAUCCUUUUCUAAUUAAAACUUAAAAUUUUUUUUUAUUAUUUCAUUUAUAUAAAGUAAAUAGUUUUUUUUUAAGAUUAUUGGUUUUUUUUUAUAUAUAUAUAAACCAUCAUUUGUUCAAUUUAAUUUUUAAUAAAAAAAGAGCAAUUAACUUAGAUAUUUUUUUGUAUAAUAAUGAUAAUUAUUUUUAUAAAAUUUGUUUACUUAAUAAAUUAUGUAUUCAUGUAGGGUGGGAUGGGAUUAAGAUUAGUUAUUAUCUAUAAAAAAAAAUAGUAUUUUUCAUUUUCCUUGUUUAAGUUUAGAAAAUAAAAACACGUUUUUUUUUCAACUGUAUUUGGAUGCUGAAAAUGUUAGCAAUGUUUAAGUCCCACAAGUAGUUCCCACUUACUCACUUAACAUUCAAUUACCGUCUCGUGAUUCGUAGAAUAAAAUUGUGUGCACGCGUUGUUAGUAUGACUACUUGUAAUUUUUUUUAAAUUUCUAAGUUUAUAGGCUCUACUGAAGCGUCUGUUGUUAUAACAAUGUUUGUACUCCGAUUCUCACGGUCGGUUCCUAACUUCAGAACAUCCAGACUACAGUGUUGUUGUUGCUAUUAUUAUUACCAUUUUAUAUAUAUAUAUAUGUCUACAAUCAAUAGGUCAUUAACAAAGUAAAUAUUUUGUUUUGACCUCUGAAUAGUAAAAAUUUUGAUUUUUCUUGUAUAUAAAAUGUGUAAUUAAAUUUAUGAAAAAACUAUGCGUAUACAUUAUUACUUUGUUGAAAUCUUAAACGGUAAUUUCACUUAUAAUCUCAAAAUACUUAUAUGUAUAUCUAUAUAAUACUUAUAAUAUAUACAUACAUACAUAAAUAUAUUCAUCACAUUUUAUUGAUGUAUUAUACUUUAUAAUGUAGUGAUUUUAAUGAUAAAACACCUUGGUACUGUUAUUCUAUACGCAAUGUAAACUUGAAUAUAAGAUAUAUCUAAAAUAUGUAAAUAAAUGUGUAUUUGUAUUGUAAACCUAUCAUUUGUAAAAUUGAAUUGUGUUGCUUAAAAAAUGUUUUUUAAUGUAUAUUUAGAUAGACAAAUAUUGUAAGAUGACUAUUAUGUGCGAUUAAAUGUGAGAUUAUGAAUUGAAAAAAAAAUAAAGAAUUACAUAAUAUGUCAA